CGGAGUGUUGUAAUUUGGGUCAAACAAAAUUCCUGAAACUUUUUAAAUAUUUCGUGGCCGUUAGUGAUUUAUAGUGAAAAACUUCUAUUUUAUUUUAUGGAUUUACUAUGAUCUCGUAAAUAUAUUGACGAACAAUGGCGCUAAACAAUUGGAAAAAGCUUGAAAAUGAGGCAGGGUAUCCAUGUUAUCUGGAUGAGACAACCAGCAAGCAGCAAUAUGACCAUCCACAAUUCCAAAAGAUUAUGGAAUCUUUGGCCGAAUAUGAUGGCAUAAAGUACAGCACCUACAAGAUAGCAUUCAAAAUUUUCGCAUUACAGACACAACUAGAUGUACCUCCAUUACGUAUCAGCGCCGGAGUGUUUGCUCGGCACCAACUGAGCUUGUCAGAGAGCAGUCUGUCUCUGGACCCCACAGAGCUGGAAGCAGUCCUCGCAGACAUCUACUUUGCUGCUGAGAAAGAAGGAAUUUUCAAUGGAGAUGUGGAUUUAACUGUGGACUUGUUGAUCAACCUGUUGCUCAAUGUUUAUGAUAGCGAGAGAAAGGAACCAGUAAGGGUUCUUUCAGCUAAAACGCUGCUGAUAAUUCUCAGCAAAGAAUCUGCUGCUGACAAAUGGUCAGCUUUGGCCAACUGCUGUGCCGACCACAAUGGUUGUGUGUCACCACGGAGACUGGCUGCACUCAUGUCAAAUGUCAUAGCCCUGCCAGAGUACUUGGGAGUUCCGUGUGACCAGAUACAGAAUGAUAUUGAUUCGUGUUUUGAUAAGAGCGCGGGCAUGCUCGGCGUGCCGGCGGCGGCGUGCGCGGCGUGGGGCGCGGCGCAGAGCGCGGCCGCGCGCUGGCUGGGCGUGCUGCAGCGCGUGCUGGCGAGCCGCAACUGCGCCGACAUCACCGCCGCGUGCUCCUACUGCCUGCAUCCUCUCAUACAGGUGCUCAAAUUCAAAUGCUCAAAGUGCAACGAAGUAUACUUCUGUGAGAAAUGCUAUCUGUAUGAAAAAGAUUUGUCUACAGUCAAUGGACAUAAGAAAUCUCAUUUGGUGCAUGAAAUUGUAGAUGGAGAGUUAAAACCAUCAGAGUGCCUAAGCUUCAUUCGCGGCAUAAAGCGAUUCUUCUUCUGCACGCGGACGAAAAAGAAGAAAGUAUCUAAAAAAACCACAAAAAAGACUACGGAGAAAAUGGACAUUUCUGUAAAGAAAUGGCGGGACGUUCGCCCCGCCAUGGUGACGUCCACUGUCGGCAAAGCGUCUGGGAACGCCGCUAGUAAUCCCACUUCCAUGUUGCAAGAUAUUAUAACGCAAUUGGAAGUUCAGAACAAAGCCCUUGAGGACCUCUCAUCGCAAUUGCAGAGCGUGAAAAAAGAAGCAGUCGACGACGAGCUCAAGAUAAAGGUGGAAGCGCACUGGCAUCAGAUAUCCAUGCAGAUCAACAGACUGAAAAUAUUAAAAGAAAACUUAUCAUCCAGUCCCCAAAACCAAACCUCAGAAAACCAGAAAUCAGAUAAGAUCGACCGACCGCAAGCAUUUGAUCUAUUCAGCCCUAUACCAGUGCUCGAAGACAAGCAGUCCAAAGUCACGGAGACCAUGAAGAACCAGCCCAGGGUGCUCAGCAUGGACUCUGGAAACUUCUCCGUGGUGUCCAAACAGACGGACAGCCAGAACUUGAUGACCAUGUCUGGAGAUGCCUUGAGACCGGUCGUGGUGCAUGCCACGUCUGAUAGCAUAUCUACAGUGUCUAUGAAUGAUAUCACCAAUUGGUAUAAUGAAACCGGAUCCGCAACUCUCGACAAGCCCGAAAUGAAACUUGACACUAAUCGGUCCAUAACAGCCACGGAGAGGAAGUAUGCAGCUGACAUCCGCAGCGUGGAAACUAGCAACGACAAGAUGAAGGAACUCAAUGCUGACUUAGACACGGUGCUUGAUAGGCUGCAGCAGAUAUUGAGUAACAACUUUGCUAUGGACGACUCCUGUUUCGACAACACGCAGUUACGAGAAACGGCAAACGAGAUGGAAGGCCUACUGGGAACUUUGAUACGAGGCGUCGAACAGCGGGCCACGCUCAACGCGACCAACAAGGGGCUAGUAUAGUAGCCAUAUUUGGUUAGGAAUUUUAUAUAAGUAUAUUAUUAUUUUUUUAUUUGAUACAAAAGUGACAUUGAUCCAUUCUGUGGAUGGUUGGAAAUAUUGUAGGAAAUAAGUUUUCAUUCCGAAAUGGUUGUGAAUCAAAAAGAAGUACUUAAUAAGAGUCUAUGUAGACCGCCUGGUUUUCUGUAAGUAUGUAAAGAAAGCAAACAAUUAAUAGUUGGGAACAUUUUAUUUUGUAGAAUAUUGGUUGUAUAAUGUUAAUUCCAUCACGAAGCCCUGUUUAAGACUAUUGGCUCUGUCUACCCCGUAAGAGACGUGAUGAUAUGUAUUUAUAAUGUUAAUUGGUCUUACCUGUUGUUCACAUUUAAAUUCUUAUCAUCAAUUUCAGUCUUACAUAUAAAGUGGUUACCGUUGUCCACCACUCUAGUUAGUGGUAACGAGUUCGAUUCCCGGUCAGACACUAGCUCAGAGUAGGCCGUUGAGUAUUGGUUGUGUAUUUUUUUUUAAAUUUUUAUGACUUUGUAUUAUUUUUAUAGUUGGAAUAAUAUUGAUUGAUUGAGGAAGAUGUAUGUUUUUUUUAAUUAUUUUUGCUGUCACUAUGAUACUCGUUUUUAUGUUAUGUGAUUUUGAGAUCUGAAUUUAGUUUUAAGGAAAAUUAAAACUGCCGUCCUCGAAUUAGGUGCUCAGUGUAGGUUUGAUACUGUUAAUAUUAGGUAGUAUUAAUUAGUAAAGGAAUAGAUCUGACAAAAAAAAAAAUGAAACAUGUUUAGAAAAAUAACAUGUGUAUUUUAUAAAAUUUACAAUAUUAUAUUGCCUCGAAUAUAAAAAAUACGCUUUUAAAUUAGUUAAUAUAACAUUAUAAUGCAUUAUAAAUUGCUGUAUUUCAUUGAAUUAGAAUAAGAACGUUGUAAUAAAUAGAGCAAUCUAUUCUGCAUUGUUAUUACUGUGCCUGUUUUACAAAAAAGUAUAUAUAUAAUAAUAAAAUUAUAAUUCUGCGACUUAUAUGAAACUUACGUAUAUUUUUUAUACAUUAUAAUUGUGCAAUUUGAUUGCACAUUCGUAAAUCUACAAGAGCGAAUAGCUUUUUAAUGUCAAUUAUAGCUUACAGAUGACAUAGAAUUGUAUAUAAAAUAUUAGAAUAAUCCUACAAAUUAAAUGUUUUAUAUCAU